UGAAAUUUCUGCUGGAUCGUGGCACUGGUAAAGAGAUGAUCUCCCUGCGAGGCUAAAAAGUGAGCCAUGGCCUGGAUGCAAAGGCUGCGGAAAAGCAAAUCGCUGCAAUAUGGACUCCCGAUGAUGCUCAUGGUGCACUUGGCUCUCAAAUACAGUAGGUGGUGCUCCAGUUUAUAAAGUGUAGUAAGAGAAAUACUACAGUCAAUACAGUCAGGGUUGCAGCACUUGGUGACUCAUCCUGUGUGACUUGCUUACUGCACUGGGAUGGUGUUAAUAGUUGGUGGGUCAUUUGGGCUCCGUGAAUUUGCACAGAUUCGAUAUGAUAUUCAGAAGGUUCGUGGAAAGAUGGAUCCAGACUUGGAAAAAAGGCUCAAAAAGAGUAAGGUGACCCUGGAACAGGAAUAUGAGAAAAUGAAAAAUGCCUCAUUUGAUGACUGGAAGAACAUCAGAGGGCCCCGCCCGUGGGAAGAGACUGGAUCUGAUCAAGAGAAGCAGCAGUAGCAGUACAGUGCUGCCUAAAAGCCAACCUAACUAAUUAACUAGUUGUGCUCUUGAAUUAUCCUGUAAGAUGAAUACAAUGGGUGAAUUAAUAGAAUCUGCUACUAAGAAUAUGGCUAUGUUUGACAUGGCUAAGCAGAAGCCUUGUAAGUAAAUAUUUUGAAUUUUGCAGUGAUUAUUGAUAAUGCUAGUCAAAUAAAUUUAGAUAAGAAUUUAAUUAAAAA